AUGACGUUUACAAGACGAGAUCGACUGUGGAGCGGGUAUCAACUGUUUGCGCGCGCUCCUCCGUACAUCUAUAUGUUAUGCAGAGCACAGGGAAUUGAUGCGCAUCGGCUACUACAUGCGUCAUUUUUCUUCUUCAUUGUACCGUACUUGUACAGCUAUCUACAUGAACAACACCAGCUGAGAUCAUAUUCAGUAGAACGGGCCAUGUCAUUAGCAUGGGAUCGAGCAAUUGCAAAACCUGGUAUACCAUUCAGAAGGGCGGUUGUAGGUUUUAACUGUAAUGUGGAUGUUAUCGUAUCAGGGAUACAGAUUAUUGAGAACCUGAACACAACAUGUGAAAAAGGCAAAGAUCAUGAAAGUUUGGAAACAUUGGAUGACUUACAUGAAACAUUUGUACAUUUUUUCCAAAGAGGAGCACCUGCUGAAAGAUAUAUGUCAUCCGAAAGCACAUUCGAAACGGUAGUUCGGCAAGCAGAAGCGGCUAUACCUCGUGCGCAAUAUCAUAUUGGAGGAAAUGCGGCCCUUAUGGCCGAACGAAUAGCGUCUGGUUUCCCUAGCACUGAGGUUUAUCUUGUCGGUCCCAUUGGUCCAAGAAGUCAAGCUUUGUUGAAUCCGUCUGUGAGACGGACGAAUUCUACGAGAAUAACAAAGGAUGAACUACACGUGAUUAUGGAAUACAAGCAAGGCGAGACUUUGGGUGAUUGGAUCGCACCAAGUAGUAGUCGCUUCAUAACUAGCCACGACCAUUUUAGCGGAAGCACUGUAGUUAUGGAGAUGUUCUUCAAAGCAAUCGCUCAAUUCAAACCUGAUCUCAUCAUCUUAUCUGGUAUUCACACCUUAGAAUUUCAUAAUAAAGAAAUGCGAUUGGAGAAAUUAAGAAUGAUCCGACGAAAUCUCUUACAAAUCUCGUCUAAGACACCUAUCCAUUUCGAGCUGGGAAGUCUUGCCGAUGCGACGUUCAUGUUUGAUAUCCUACAUCGCAUCAUACCACACGUAGACUCAUUGGGUAUAAAUGAACAAGAGUUGGCGUUUUUGUCUCAUGUAGCAGGUGGGCCCCAUAUGGAAGAGUACCCUGUGCAAGCAGGAACUGUUCACGCUCACAAGGUCGUAGAGAUGCUCGAUUGGCUCUUAAAAACAUUUGGACGUGAUCGAAUGAAUCCGAACUCGAAGAAUUUCGGCUACCGACUUCAAAGGAUUCAUUUCCAGUGUUUGACUUAUCAAAUGGUGGUUAGUUCUGGAAAUGAUUGGUCCAAUCUUGCUUCGGGUUUGGCAGCUUCUUCUCGACUUGCCGGAAGGAUGGCAUGUAAUCUAGUUAAUCAAGCACGUAUCGAAACAGAUUUGUUGGAAGUAAGGACAGCACCUUCAUUUAUUUUGGACAAGAAGCUUGGAAAGAUGUACAAUUUCCAUGCUCAUAAUCCGAUUGCAUCAUGGAUGCGUGACCAGACGCUCUUCAUCUUUACACCAGUGCUUGUGUGCAAAUUCCCGAUGAAAACUGUUGGUGUGGACGAUGCGAUCUCGACGACGGGCUUGUUAUAUUCACAGUUUUACCGCUUUGAUAGUAAUAUGAAAUGGAUAUCGUUGGUUAAAUUCCGGCAUUUACGCUCAAAAACCUCAAAAUUAUGUCUUUAUAUGCUUGUAUUAUUGUAG